UUAACUUCCUAUUGCUUCCUAGGACGAUUUCCCAAUUGGUCUUUUGGCUUUUCCGCUUGUUGUUCAUGAUCAAUUGGUUGGCGUUGACUAAGCAGCGCCGAGCUGAGCUAAAGCCGAGGGAUUCGCCAAUAAAUGCGUGGGAGGCGCAAAAAUAGGCGUCGUGUCUUUAUCCAUCAGACGUGGGAAAAAUGUCGAGUCCUUUCGUGUUUGUAUCUCCUCCGUACCAUCCUCUCAAUAUCCGCCAUGGGUGACAAUGACAGGAGAGUCGAGGGUCUUGUAGUGACAGCGCUUCCACCCUCUCGACCGGCUCACAACUGCGCCACCUCCCAAAUGACUUGACGCCAGCUGCGCACCCGCAAUCUCCCAUUCGCCCCCCGGCCGUUCCGCUGUUCCGCUGCCACUUCUUCACCCACACAAGCAAGAUGGGGGUCCGCCUUCACAUUCGUGAACAGCUAUGCCUCGUCAUCGGCCUCACGAGUCUGCUGUCUCUGACCAUCCUCGCCGUCUCAAUUUGGUUCCAGACUGUGCACCACUUGAACAACGCAAAAUGGGAAACGCUCAUGGUCACGGCAAACCUAAAAGCCACUCAGGUGGCCCAGGACAUCUCUCUGAUGGGGACGUCAGUACAGUCAAUUGCCACCAGGCCUAUCAUCCAGAACCUACUGCGCGACUUCAACAACGGCAACCAUACCCAGGAUCUCUACGAUGCUAUACAGGACAAUCUUCUGCUCGCACUGUCUGGCGGCAACGACGAUGCAGUCCUCCUGCAAGCGGCCGUUUUCCCUCGCAGACCCCGGCCAGAUCAAGGUGACAGUGCCCUUACCAACGCCACUGGGAAGGGAGCGGCCAGCAAGAUCGUGCUUCCAUUUACUUACAAGAAUGGGACCGCAGUCCUUCUCGGCGACAUCGGCAGUGGUUGUCCAGCCCAGCUCUAUCCUAACCUCACCUAUGGCGAUCAGCCAUCAGAUACUACGUUUGUCAUCUACGAAGACAAGCUGCUGUACAACAACUCAACGCUGUUUCUCGGUCCGCUUUUCCUGCACAGUAACUCCUCGCUUGUCUCAUUAACAGUCCCCAUAAACAACAACACCAGUCGCACCGACGUCCUUGGAUGGCUCACUGUCGUGGUUGACGGAAAGUCACUCUACGACAUCGUCGAAUCCCCAGUUGGACUGGGGAAGACUGGAGAGGUUGUGAUCAUUGGUCCUGCUCGUCCUGACAACCUCUUCGCCGACGACAUCUAUGGUCGCUCAGAAUCCGAGAAUGCCGAAGUACCCCUCCAAUUUGUCCUACCGCCUUACAGUAACCGCCAUCCAGAGCGCGCCAAAGAUCCGUAUCUUCCUUUCCCUAUGCAAGACUUUCCAGCUGUGCUCCGUGCAUGGUCUGACAUAAAUGGGGAGAUCAAUAACGCCGGAGCGCUGAUGUCUACCCACAACGAGAACAACAAGAAGAUAUCAGCUGGCUAUGCCAGGGUCUCUUCCGACGUUGUUGACUGGGUGGUAGUCUUUGGCCAGGCGCACAGUGAGGUGGUUGCUCCUAUAAAUGACCUACGGAAUACUGUACUAGCAUGCAUUUUCAGUGUGGUUGGCACUGUGAUCAUUAUUUCCUUUCCACUCGCCCACUUUGCUGUCAAGCCGAUCAUUGCGCUUCGAACUGCAGCCGAAAAUUCAGUAACCACAUACGAGGCUUACGACCCCUCCGAGAAAUCGUCCGAUACUGACAGCGAAAAUGCGUUAGGAAAGGCCGACCUAGUCCAGGAGAAGGCGAUGGUUCACAAUGUCUACAAAAGGUCUGCGAGAAAGAAGACUCAUGUUCGACCCGUGCGAGUAUUUAAGAUUCCUGAGCGCGUGCCGGAGCAUCGCCAUGUCGUUCACGAUGAAUUAACGGAUCUGACUCGUACCUUUAACGAAAUGGCCGACGAACUUACGAUCCAAUAUGGAAGACUCGAAGACCGCGUGAAGAAGAGAACUUCAGAACUAGAGCAAAGUCGAAAUGCCGCUGAAGCUGCCAACGAAAGCAAGACACUGUUCAUUGCCAAUGUAUCUCAUGAACUGCGCACACCAUUGAACGGUAUCAUCGGCAUGUGUGCAAUCGCCAUGCAAGAGGAAGACGUUGGCAGCAUCCGACAGUCCCUCAAGAUCAUCUACAAAUCUUCGGAUUUGCUCUUACAUCUCCUCAACGACUUACUGACAUUCAGCCGCAGCUCCUUUGGUCAAAAUUUUGCCAUUGAAGAAGACACAUUUCGACUCGUGGAUGUCGGCUCACAACUCGUGUCCAUCUUUGAGAAGCAAGCGCGUGAAUCUGAUAUCAGUCUGAGAGUGGUCUUCAUUGGGGUCGAGCCAAAAUUUCAGGGCGAUGCCGAUCAAGACGACCUGGAGGACGCCAUUGUCGCUAGGCAUGACAUGGCUGGUGCUAUCCAAAAACAGAAGACGAAUGCACUAGCCAAAGGACCUGCAGACCUUGGACCUCUGAGGGAAAUAGGCUUGAGAGGGGACAAGAAUCGGAUAUUGCAAAUUCUGAUGAAUCUCGUAAGCAAUGCACUGAAGUUCACAGCUGCCAAAGGCGUUGUUGAAGUGCGAAUACGGUACAAAGGAUUUGUCGAACCCGAAGCCAUGCCCACUGUGGCAUACUCAAAUACUACAGCUACCCCAUUUACACCUUCCAAGGCGCUGCAGCGACGCGAUACCGAGUAUGCCCAGCCAAAGUCAUCAAUGAAAGGAUUGCUGUUCGACUUUGAGGUUGAAGAUACAGGUUCAGGUAUACCGGAACAUUUACAACAAGACAUCUUCAAACCCUUCGUCCAGGGUGACUUGGCUUUAAGCAAGAAACAUGGUGGUGUCGGUCUUGGGCUGGCGAUAUGUUCGCAGCUCGCAGGCAUGAUGGGCGGCACUAUUACGCUAAAGAGUACUGUCGACAUUGGCAGUACAUUCACCCUUUCUCUGCCACUGCGCUACACCAAAGAAGUUGUGCCUUCAGUAUCUGACUCACUUGCGCGACCAAAACCCGGAAGUAUUUCCAGCAGCAUCCAAUUUGAAAGCUUCAGUACAAAAUCUCGUAGGUCGAGAGAUCCACGCCAACCUAUACGAUCGAGACAGACGUCCGUAUAUUCGAAACAAGACAAAGACUCCCAACUGGAUGUGCCCCGUCUUGUUGGGUUCUCUCAGCCAUACCUGAUAGACGGGAAUGUGAGCUCAGAAGCAGUGGAUGCUGUAGCCCAGCAGCCCAAACCAGAAAAGAGGCCAAACGUGCCCCCUCCAAACAAUCGGCUCGCAUCAAUCAUGUCUGUAAAGACACCGGAUGAAACGAAUGACUUGACGGGAAUGAAAUUAGGAGAGCAACCGAAGACCACGGAAACUACCGAGAAGAAAACACCAGUUCUGCCAUCGGGAGCUGCUGCGGAAGCGUGCACUCUCAAAGUUCUGGUCGCAGAAGACAACCCCGUCAAUCAACAGGUGAUCCUGAAGUUACUCAAGCUCGAAAAAGUGAACGACGUGACAUUGGCCGAGGACGGAGAGCAGGCUUUCAACAUUGUACGAGAAUCAUACUCCCAAAAAGAGAACGAGAACGAGAAGCCACGGUCUUUCUCACUUGUUCUGAUGGAUAUUCAAAUGCCGCGCAUGGACGGAAUCGAAUCUACAAAGAAGAUGCGGGAGCUAGGGUUUGAUGCUCCGAUCCUUGCGCUGACGGCGUUUGACCACGAGAUAAACCGAACGGCGUGUCGUGAUGCGGGCAUGAACGGUUUUCUUCCCAAGCCGAUCAAACGGACAGCUUUGAAGAAGAUACUUGAGCAGUACAGAAACCCGAAUGAAGGAAGCACUGAAACCCAACAAAAUAACGAACAAAAAGAUGGCGAAUGAGUCCCUAAAGGAAUUUACGACCUUAAUGACAGCAAGACAGCCCAAGUCAAAUGAAAACUCGACUUCUCCGAUUUCUCAGCCCACCGGAGAGAGACCUUCGCAUUUUUGACCCUGGUGGUAUUACCUAGCACCUUGAGCAGACGGAGACAGGACCGAUUAUGCUCUGCAAAAUAUCCUGCUUCUAGGGACAGCAGUCAGUGAAUUGCUACCGACAGGCAACUGGAGUGGUGCUCCAAGCUCUUACGACUGAGAGGUCUUGGAAGCAAGGGACAAGACUCGUAAAACCAACCGUGGCUGUAACGGACUUCGGAAAAGAGAUAUUCAAGGUUUCAACCUUGGGAUGGAGGCUGGGUUUCAUGCAUCAGAAGGAUUGUUUCAAAGAUAAAUCCGCUACUCCAGCACCACAGCGAGCACGGGCUGGGGAAGAGCAAGAGGUCUUUUCUUUGGAAGUAAAUCGGCGCUGGGUGGGAGUGUGGCGCAUCAAUCAGCAAGGACUUGGAAAAGUAGACUGUACAUCAUCAGUCGUGGGAACAAAAGUAUACAUUGCCUGCUGCUAAGUACAUAGACUCCUGCUCGCUUUGAAAAGGCUGGAUAUCGGGCAAGCCGGACGCAGAAUUGGACAAUCCCUGGGAUACUGCGCUUCAAGGAUCCAUACUUCGCCGUAGCAAUAGUUGAG